AAAACAAAAGAGAAAGCAAACAAGAUAUAAAAGAGUGAGAAGAAGAGGACAGAGACAAGAGACCAUCACCGCACUUAAUCCACCACACACGUCCGCCAUUACAAAAGCUUUUGCUUCGAUUCAAUCCCAAACAGUAAAAAUAGGGUCAAUCGAAGAACCCCACCGGAGUUCCACAGAGGAACUGCAUCACUCGCGUUCCUGCUGCGGCUUGAGGAAGAAGAAGAAGAACAAUAGAAGUAACCAUCACAAGGAAGAAGAAGAAGAAGAAGAGAAACCGAAGAUGCAGACGACGGAUCCUGCUCAGCCGCAGAGCCAGCAGAUGGUGAGCUUCAGCUUCAGCAGUCAGAUGUCUAGAGAAGACGAGGAGAUGGCUCGUUCUGCCCUCUCUGCGUUUAGGGCUAAAGAGGAUGAGAUCGAGAAGAGGAAAAUGGAGGUUCGUGAACGGGUCAAGAUUCAGCUUGGUCGGGUCGAGGAAGAAAACCGACGUCUCGCCAACAUCCGCGAGGAGCUUGAGUCUAUGGCAGAUCCAAUGAGGAAGGAAGUUUCUUGGGUGCGUAAGAAGAUCGAUAGCGUCAACAAAGAACUCAAACCAUUAGGCGCAACAGUUCAAAAGAAGGAAAGGGAAUAUAAAGAAGCAUUGGAUACAUUCAACGAGAAGAAUCGUGAGAAAGUUCAGCUGCUUACCAAGCUAAUGGAGAUGGGACAGUUGGUUGGAGAAAGCGAGAAGCUGAGGUUGAAGAAACUUGAGGAGCUUAGCAUGGGCAUACAAACCGACUGAUUCUCUAUCUCACAGACAUAAGACCAACCAGUGAAGAACUAAUUUGGCUUAUUAGGGUUAUGUUAUGGUUCUCUUUAAUGUAUUUAUUUAUCUAUUUGUCUUUCGUCUAAGUGUUUUAGUUUUACUAAAUGGUUUGUGGGUUGAUUUGUAUAACUAUGAUGGGUGUUUAUGUUGUUUUUGAUUAACCAUAUUAUGAAGGCAAAUGAGAGAUAAUGCUGAAUGCUAAAUGAUUUGUAAUUGUAGGUUUGGAUAAUCUUUUUUCCUGUUCA